AUGAUCCAAGCUACGCCUCUCUUUAUGGUUAUCCCGGCUGUGCUUGGAGCAGUGCCGCGUAAUUUGCAGGGGACCUCGACGAGUGCGACAACUAGUUCGACCCCAUCGACUCCGACGUUGUUCACUGCUCCAGUGAAUGUUGCAGUCCUGCAGAAUACCUGUGAUAUCUACUGCCAGGGACUCAACGGAGGUGCUUCUUACUGUAAACUGGAUUUGAGCCCACCCACUUGCCAAGGGGGUGAUCAGCCUUGUGGCACUAUUGCUAUCUGCGGCCCUUCUGUAACGGUGACACCGACUGAUGCGGUCCCCACUGGUGAUGGAACGUAUGAGCCAGCGUGUGACACUAUGUGUCAGAGUCUCAACGAUGAGGCUUCGUACUGCAAGUGGUGGCUCCCUCGCCCUACUUGUCUCGGUGGUGAUCAGCCGUGUGGGGAUCAAACUGUGUGCACCUCGCAGACGUGGCCUCCUGCCCCGACGCCGACACUUCCUUUCGAGGCCCACCCUUACGAGUCCGUCCCUUGCAAUUCCUACUGUGUUGGUCUUAACGGACCAUCCUCCUUCUGCAAGUGGUGGAAGAGUGAGCCCUCCUGCUACGGUGGGGAUCAGUCCUGUGGCCCAUCAGAUUGCCCUACCGGCACCCCUGCCCCCACUGGAGGUCCUCCUGACUCUCAUGCCGGCCCCAGUCCCAAUUGUGACGCCUACUGUGCCGCUUCUAACACAGGUCUCUCCGGUGAUCGCGUGUCGUACUGCAAGUGGUGGCUCUACGUACCGGUCUGCUAUGACGGUGACCAGCCUUGUGGACCGAGUAUCUGCAAUAAUUACGGCGACAGUACCAUUGUGGCCUCUGUCACGACCGAGUUUAGUCAUGAUGACUGA